GGAGGGAGGAGUCCUGACAGGAAGGUAUAAAAUAAAAACAAAGUCCAGGCAGACUGAGGAUGCAGGGAAGCUGCUGCGAGUAAAGAUAACGCGCUCAGCAUGGGGAACUGGAUUAUCAAUCAUGGACUUACAUCCUUCAUACUGGUGGUCUGGAUGGGCAUCAACAUCUUUCUUUUCGUCUGGUUUUACUUCUUCUACGAUUUGGGGCCGCAGUUUUUCUACACCCGUCAUCUAUUAGGGGCGGCCUUGGCGUGGGCCAGAGCUCCUGCUGCCGUCCUCAACUUCAACUGCCUGCUGAUCCUCCUCCCGGUGUGCAGGAACCUGCUUUCUCUGAUCCGAGGCUCCUUCAUGUGUUGUGGAAGAACAAUGAGGAAACAGCUGGAUAAAAAUCUGAGUUUUCACAAGCUGGUGGCGUACAUGAUAGGGCUGAUGACAGCCGUUCACAUCAUUGCCCAUUUGUUGAACGUGGAGUGGUACAACAACAGCAGACAAGGAGUUUAUGACAAACUCAGCAUUGCUCUGUCCAACCUGGAGGACACAGACAACACCACCUACCUGAACCCAAUCCGCAAAACAGACAUCGAUCCGCAGCAGAUCCCAACGUACUUUGUCUUCACCACCAUCGCUGGCCUGACGGGUGUCAUCAUCACUCUGGCCCUCAUCCUCAUCAUCACCUCCUCCAUGGAGGUCAUCAGACGCAGCUACUUUGAAGUCUUCUGGUACACACACCAUCUCUUCAUCAUCUUCUUCGCCGGUCUCGUCUUUCACGGCGCCGGACGCAUUGUGAGGAGUCAACAGACAACAGACCCGGUGCACAACGUCACCUUUUGUAAAGACCGCAGUGAUGAAUGGGGACGGAUUCCUGAGUGUCCCAUCCCUCAGUUUGCCGGAGGGUUCCCACAGACGUGGAUGUGGGUGAUUGGUCCAAUGAUCCUGUAUCUUUGUGAACGUCUGGUGCGCUUCAUUCGUUACAUGCAGAGAGUCACAUACAGGAAGAUCGUGAUGCGGCCGUCCAAAGUGCUGGAGCUGCAGCUGGUAAAGAGCGGUUUCAAGAUGGACGUGGGUCAGUACAUCUUCCUCAACUGCCCGGCCAUCUCUCAGCUGGAGUGGCACCCGUUCACCAUGACCUCUGCUCCCGAGGAGGACUUCUUCAGCGUCCACAUCCGCUCGGCCGGGGACUGGACCGACAAACUCAUCGACAUCGUGCAGAACCUACCAGAGGGAGCGCAGGGACCAAAAAUGGGAGUGGAUGGGCCCUUUGGCACAGCCAGCGAGGACGUAUUCGACUAUGAGGUCAGCAUGCUGGUCGGUGCUGGUAUCGGAGUCACUCCCUUUGCCUCCAUCCUCAAAUCCAUCUGGUACAAGUUCAAAGAAUCCAACCCUAAACUGCGCACCAGGAAGAUCUACUUCUACUGGCUUUGCCGGGAAACACACGCCUUUGAGUGGUUUGCCGACCUCCUGCAGGUGCUGGAGAAAGAGAUGGAGGAGAGAGGCAUGGGGGAUUUCCUCACUUACAAACUCUAUCUGACCGGAUGGGAUCAGAGCACUGCUCAUCAUGUGAGGGUUCGCUUCGAUCAGGACACAGAUGCGGUCACUGGGCUCAAACAGAAAACUCACUAUGGCAGACCCAUCUGGGACAAGGAAUUCGAACAAGUCCGCAAAGAGAACCCCAUGUCUGUGGUGGGAACUUUCCUAUGCGGCCCUGUAGCUCUAGGAAAAGUCUUGGAGAAGAAAUGCGUCAAAUACUCCGACGUGGAUCCUCGGAAGACCAAGUUUUACUUCAACAAGGAGAACUUCUGAGCAGAGAACCCGCAAGUGGGAUUUUUUGAAGAGGAAGUUGUUUUUUUUGUUUUUUUAUUCCAUUCACUGUGGGUUAACUAUGACAAAGCUACCUGACAACCUGAGGCACUAGCUGGGUGUGUUUUGACACACUAUUCUGCACACUGAUGAAAAGGCAUAGCAUGUUUCUAUUUCUGUACCACUCAGGGACCAACCUCUUUUUCCAUCUUAAACCUUGAUAGAAACAUGAUUCAUGACUUACAUGCUCAAUUAGGCCUGUAAACUCAGUGUAUCAUUAACUUUCUUGUGAAGUCCUUUCACACUUGAACAAGAUUAUAAGGAAGAAUUUUACUGAUAAGGAGGAAUCAGGACCUCAAGGGUUUUUUGUCACUGCUGUACAUUUGUUAGUUCAUCAUGUGGAAAAAUACCUUUUUUGCACAAAGAAAGAUUAACAGUUAAAUGAGCCGCUUUCAGGUACAUAUGGUAAAUUACAGUUGGCUACUACAGCAGCUAACAUUUAACUCCACAGUUGAAUAAUCUGCCUGUGAUUUUCUUGUGAAUGUAAAAAAAAAAAAUAAUGAAAACUACCCAUCAGUUUCUUUUGUCUGUAAAAAUGUCUUGUUUUAUCCAACCAUGAGUCCAAAGCCCACAAAGAUUGAGUUGACUUUCCUGUAAGUCAAAGAAAAGCAGCAAAUCAUCGCAUUUAAAGCUGGAACCAGUGAAUUUCUAUCAUUUGUUUUCUUGCAAAAUGACAAAUGAUUAAAUGAGUGAUGAUAAAUUAUUUCCCAUCAAACAACCAAGUUGUGAGUGUGAGCAAUUUAUCACAUCCUUUUUCCAUUUGAGCUUUCCUGGGUAAGCAAAUGUUCUUUGAACACGAUUUGUUAUAACCUGUUAAACUGGCUGCUAUUUCCUCAUCUGAAUGAUAGACUGUCAGUCACGUAGCCUGGUUCCAAUCAUCCUUCUAAGACUAGGAGCAGCUUGGUAAUUGACAUUAUUUCACAAUCUACUGUUUUUAAUAGACUUUUCUUGUAUAUAUUCCCAACUCUUUUUGAAUAAAUGAUGAAUAAAAACA